UGGAUUGAGAAAGAAAUCAGUGGCGGGGUUUGCCUUGGUUCUGAACAUGUAAUGAGAAAGCUCAGAGAUAGCAAUGGCCACUAUUUCUCCUCUGAUUCUCAGGACCUCACCUCUCUGUCUCUGGACUCCACACUCCAACAAACUCCUCUCUUCCCUUCCCUUCUUCACCAUCCCCAAGUCCAAGCCUCUCUCCAUCCUCUGUUCCACAAAGAUGGAAGGAAGUGAGAUUACAGAAGAAGUGGCAGAGAAUUCAGGAGCCAAUGAGAUUGUAAAGAAGAAAAUCUUUGUUGCUGGAGCAACCGGAAGUACUGGGAAGAGAAUUGUCGAGCAGCUGCUGGCAAAGGGUUUUCAGGUUAAAGCCGGGGUUCGUGACUUGGAAAAGGCCAAAAAUAUGCUUUCCCAUGACAACCCGGCCCUUCAAAUUGUGAAAGCGGAUGUAACGGAGGGUUCAGAGAAGCUAUCAGAAGCUAUUGGUGAUGAUUCAGAAGCUGUGAUAUGUGCAACUGGCUUUCGGCCGGGGUGGGAUUUGUUUGCUCCAUGGAAGGUUGAUAAUUUUGGCACUGUAAACCUUGUUGAAGCGUGCCGUAAACUAGGUGUCAACAGAUUCAUACUUAUCAGUUCCAUUUUAGUCAAUGGAGCUGCAAUGGGACAGAUACUGAAUCCAGCUUACAUCUUUCUCAAUGUUUUUGGACUUACCUUAAUUGCAAAGCUUCAGGCUGAACAAUAUAUCAGGAAAUCGGGUAUAAACUACACUAUAAUAAGGCCUGGUGGGCUGAGAAAUGAACCCCCGGCAGGAAAUAUUUUAAUGGAGCCAGAGGACACUCUUUAUGAAGGUACCAUAUCCAGAGAUCAGGUUGCAGAAGUUGCUGUUGAGGCAUUAGUCCAUCCUGAAGCAUCUUAUAAGGUUGUAGAGAUAGUUUCCCGAGCUGAUGCUCCUAAGCGUUCAUAUGAAGAUCUUUUUAGGUCCAUUAAGCAGCGGUGACUUCAAAGUUGAAUCUCAGAACACGACAUAGGCAGAGUACUUUUUCUGACUUCUUUCUUUCUUCCGGCAGAUAUAUGUUUGCUAUUAUACUCUCGAGCUUAUUGAACUUUGAUGAAAGAAUAUGCCUAGCAAACUAGAAAAAUGUUUAAUAUACACUCAAUCCUGUUCAAUAGGCAGUUGCCUUAAAGCACUAGAAUGAAUCUUAAUUGGGUCCUAGAAAGUGAGAGUUGGUUA